UCAUAUCUGUCGCCAAACUGGUCGAUUGACAUACAGGUGGUGCUAUUUCCCAUUUCUUUUCACAUAUUAAUCUUUUAUCACUCGGUACCGGUGGUUGUGGUUAACGGAACGGAACGGAACGGAACGAAGCAGAACGGCCGCUCGCAGCGCUAUCUUGCGUCGCAGCAGCAGACAAUCGGACAGCGUCGAACGCGUAAACAACAACAACCGACUGAACGUAGGUUUAAGUUUGAAAAGAAUGCUGUUUUAGCUUUCAUCAUGACUUCAUUUCCCAAUCAUGACAGUGUCUACACAUCAAGCUCAGUUUUCCUGCGAGAUGAGUAUGACUUUGAUGAUGACAACGAUGAUCUGGAGGAAGAGCGUGAAAAUGAAGAACAGGAUGAAAGCGAUGAAGAUACAGAGGAGGCUAGUGAAUCAGAGAUGGGGAAGCCAGAAGAAUAUACAGAAAUAAGAGAGCAAAUGUAUCGUGAUAAGCUAGCUAGCUUCAAAAAGCAGUUGCAGCAGUUAAAAGACGGUACUCAUCCUGAUUACAAUCGGAAGCUGAAGAAACUUGAAGCCAACUACAAAGAGCGGUUCCAUAGAGGACAACCUGUGUAUGCUGAAGGCAAAGAUAUGCCUAGGUUUGCAGGAAAUAUCUCUGCUAUUGGCAAUGAUGUUAUAUAUGUCAAGAAACUUGAUAACACUAAAGUAAGAAUCCCUCUGCUGUACCUUGUACGGGGAAAGGUCACAAUUAAAAGAAGAGCUUCCUGAGACGUCUUGAUGAUAUAUUUCCAUAUUAAGUAAAUUUUUAUUACUAUCAAUGACUUGGCAGUUGAUUUUAGAUGCAUGAAUAACAAAAAUGUUAAAAAAUAUUUAUGUAUGUUUUGUUUGUUAUUCUUCAAGUUGCAUAGGUUUUUCAGGAAAUAUCUUGUCCUACCCACUUGAUGCUGUCAUAAACUUUGCCAAAAAAAACAAAAACAGAACUCUUGUAAAACCCCUUUUUGCUCGUCAUUCUAAAAGUAGCCUUUGUUCACACAAAUGCAUACUUAAUUUGGACAAAUUUUUGUGUAUAUUGUUCCGAUGGAAAUUACAAUUUUUCAUGCACAGAAUAUAACAUUCUCUUUUUAAAUGGAACAGUGUAUUUUUUUUCUUUGUUUUUGCUUUCUGUUGAUCUCUACUUUGCGCAGGUACUUGUGUACUGUAAAAAAAAAAAAACAACAACAAACAAACAAUAAAACAAAUUUGAAUGCCUUGAAA